AUUUUUCAACAUUGUUGGUAAUGCUGGAAUGCUCAAAUCUCUAUUUCUUCUAAGGAAAAUUUUGUACACUACAGUUGUACACUACACUUGAACGAAACGGAAGUUCAUAUAAAGCAAUAGAAAGAGAAGAAGAAGAAGAGAUCGUAGAUAUUUUUCUGUAGAAAAAUCAGGAUGGCUAAGAUGCCUCGAUUAGGAAGCAGGAAAAAGGCGAAGCGAUGGGUCAAGGGUCAGAGUUCCAGUUCCAAUCCGACGACCACGAAGUACCGCGAACAGGCCAUCGGUAUGUUCUUCAAGGAUUUCUCCGGCCUGCCGGGCAUCACGAGGGAGGAUCUACAGAAGCACGACGCUAUUCAGGGUAGUCUCCGGCUGGAACCGCAAAUGGCGAAACUCGACAUCGAUGACGAAGAUCAAGCGCCUGAGAGCAUGAUAAACGAGACGACGACCAACUUCUCCAAGACGUGCGCCAGCGAUUACACCAAUUGCAGCAACGUCUCCUUCGGCAGGUUCCUCAGCCAUUUCCAAUCCACCUCGCUCGUACACAAGGAGAUGCUGGCCAUGUUGGCGGCUGUCACGGAAGCCAUCAAGCAAAAAGGUGGUGUUGAAAACUCUACGGAAUACUUUGGAGCGUUGAUGACAAUCUUGGAAAAGCUCGAGGAUGAUAAUUCCAUAGCUGCGACAUUAUCUCUACUUGGAAUGUGCUUGAAAACCGUGCCAAAGGAUGUGCUUAAUUUGAAGUUUGGCAUGGUAAGCCAGAUCUUCCUCGAGAUCCUAUCCAAAUAUGCCAUGAGCGAGAACUUUCUCAUCCUGCGACACUGCAUAGGCUGUCUCUCAUUGCUGUUGAGAGUGCUGGAACCUGUCGUCUGGGCUGAUCCCUCCACGACACGAGUGCUGGACGCUGUAUUGUCGUUCACCACUCACACCAAACCCAAGGUACGUAAGUCUGCCCAACACAGUAUAUGCGUCAUCCUCAAGGGCAGCGAUAUAAUGAAGAGCGAGAAGCCGCCUCAGCAUCAUCCGGCCGCGGGACAGGUCGCGACGCACUGCAUCGGGCAAUUGAACGCCGCCUGUGAGUCAGGAUCGUCGCUGGGAGUCACCACUAUUCUGCAUAUUCUUACGUUGUUGAAGGACAUAAUGCAUCAGUUGCCCAAGUCACACGUCAAGACAAUCUGCGAACGUCUGUUGAGUAUCAUGACGUUGAAGAAUAUACUGAUAACAUCGUGCUGUCUGCAAACGCUGCACGGAUUGUUUGUCUCUAGGCCGUCCGAGGCGACGCUACCACUGCAAAGAAACGCGGAUAUCAUUAUAGCCCUUUAUGAUUAUCAACCAUCCGCAACUGAUACGCAGCCAACCCUGGCGUGGUUGGCGGUCAUGCAGGAGGCUCACUGCAAUCUCGUACACAUCACGUUGAAUGCUUUCUCGACCCUUAACGUGGGAUCGACGAUAUUGAACAAUGUUAUUCCAAGAAUAUUAAAAAAAUGUACUGAACUCUGGUUAUCCAACAAGACGGAAAUCAUAGCUGGCUCCUCAAAUACCGUCAAAAUCAUUCUACAAGAAUGCGUGGCACCUCUCUGUGAGAGCAAGGAGCGAAUUGAUAGAUAUAAUUCUACCUUGAAUCAGAUUAUCUUGUUGAUGCACAAAGCGUUGAGUUAUCAAUACCUCGAAGCCUGGCAUCACGUAUUUCAUCUCGUAGCUUUGCUCUUCCAGAUAACUGGCAAGUCAAAGCUUUGGGGACUUACAGAUAUUGUCAGGUCCCUGGGAGAGCUGCGAGAUUCCUACAACUUUGCGUACAGCAGCGACGUUGAAUACGCCGUUGGAGCUGCGAUCAGAGCCAUGGGACCCCAGGUCGUGUUGAGUAUCCUCCCUUUACAGAUCGACGGCGGCGAGAUUAAUCUGAAGCGGGGCUGGCUGAUCCCGCUGUUGAAAGAUUGUGUAACAGGCGGGACCAUCUCCUUCUUCAAGGAUGUUCUGCUCCCGAUCGCUCUGACAUGCGAGGAGAAGAGUAAGGCAGGCAUGGAAGGGAAGACGUACGAAUUUCUGAUACCGCAAAUCUGGUCGAUCUUGCCGAGCAUAUGCAACGACGCCAGUGAUGUUAAGGACAAUUUUAAGAGUAUCGCCAAGUUGUUAGGUAUGACACUCAGCGACCGGAAGGACUUAAAGUUACCCGUAAUGGCGGCGCUGAGAAAAUUAAUCGGAAAAGCGACGCGGGACGAGUGCAUCGACGACGUCGCCGAGUUGGCUCGCUUCGCCAAAAAUUAUCUGCCGAUUCUCUUCAACCUGUAUACGAUGAAACCGAGCGGUACGGACGAGGAAGGGCAACGUCUCGCUGCAUUCGAUACGAUCAAGACUUACAUUACAAUCGCAAGCAGCGAACUGGCGAAUGAGAUGUUUGAACGCGCCCUGAGCAAGCUCGACGAGCCUGGCGCGGAUGACUUCUUCAAGGAAAGCGUUUACGAUCUGAUAAGAGUGUUGAUCGGCUACACGGACAUCGAGAAGCUAAAAAAGUACUACGACAUGUGCGUGCCGUUUCUCAAGAACAGCACCAAGCAGAAGGAGCAGAAGAAAGCCUAUAGAUUCCUGGAGGAGAUAUGCGGGAGUGAUCGGGAGGUGUGCAAGCAAUUUCUGCAGGAGCACAGACGCGAGAUUCAGAAAACGCUGAUAACAUCGGCGACCAGCGUGAUUAAGACGAGCCAAGGUGCUCGUCUACGAUGCCUGAUGCAUCUCGUCAAGAUGCAUCCGCAGCUCGAGAAGACUAAAUUCUUGGAGGCCGUCGUGCCGGAAGCCGUGCUCGGUGUCAAGGAUAUAAACGAAAGAUGUCGCAAUACGGCUUAUCAGUUGCUCAACGUGAUCGCCGAGAAAUUCUUGGACAAUCCCGAGCAUCUUAAGGAUUAUACAGAUAUGUUGAUGGUGGGUUUAGGCGGUGAACAAAAAUACAUUAGCGCUAGCCUAUUGGCUCUGGCGACCCUCACUUAUCAUUACAACGGUUCUCUGGGUAUGGAGAUUAUCGGAGAGAUCUUGGGGCACGUCUGUACGAUUCUGAUGAGUCCCACAAGGGAGGUAGUAGAGUCGGCGUUGUCAUAUGUAAAGGUAUACAUCAAUGUGAUGCCAUCCGUCAUCGUGGCCCCGACGUUACCGCAGAUGAUCGACGCCCUGUCACGAAUGAAUGAAGAUUGUAAGCGUCACUUUCGCCAAAAGGUACGCGAUAUAUUCACGAAGCUUAUAAGGAAGUAUGGCAUAGGACCAAUAUCGAAUAUGGUACCGGGCUCAGAUGUGAUUCUGCAUAAAAGACUGAAGAACAUCAACAAGAUUGAAGACGCGAAGAGGAAGAAGCGGGAACUUGAAAGGGCGAAGAAGCUGAAUGAGAACGACGACAUGGAAUUUAAUGCCAAGAGGAGACCUAAGAGUAUAGAGGAGAUAUUGGCUGAUAGUGAUGAGGAGUUCGAGGCUACGGAAAACGAGGGACCGAAGAAAAGCAAGAAGAGAACGUCAAGGAAAGACGCCUGGAUUCAAGAGAAUGAGGGGAACAUAGUGGAUCUUAUAGACCCCGCAGCUGCCAGGAAUAUCACAACUACACAACCGGGUGUGACAAAUCCGAAGAUUUCAGUGAAAAAGGUAAAGGAACACAGCUUCAAAACCGCACCUGAUGGUCGUCUCAUCAUCACAGAUGGUAAUGAGAAAGACAGAGACACAGAGGACAGAAGUAAAAAGAAGAAAGUUUCUUUUCUUCAAAAUGAUUCAGAAGAGGAUGAUUAUGGAGGAGAUGAAGAUGAUGCAUCGGUAGUGACCGCGAAGAACACCGGCAAAAAAAGAAAAUAUAACGAAAGCAUGUCGGACGUGAUGAGCUUAAAGAGUCAGUCAAUGUCGAAAUACCAAGCUGGUGGCUCGGGUAUUCAUCGACCACUAAAAAUGAGAAAAGUAGAACUUGGUUCGGAGUAUCGCGCAGUGAAGGCUGGAGGAGAUAUUAAGAGGAAGGGUAAACCAGAUCCUUACGCAUAUCUACCUUUAACGAGAGCCGCAUUGAAUAGGAGAAAGAAGAAGAAUUUACGUAACGGAAAAAACUUGCCUGUUUCUUCUGUCCUGAAUCAAAGAAAGAAGAACGAGAGGCGCACGCGUAACGGAAGGAUCACACAUUGAUAUAUUCCGCGCGUGAAACUCGAUCGUAUAUUUUCAGUUCGCUGAGAAGAAAUUCUCUUUUGAACUUUAUAUGUUGCCCAUAUGUUUCGGAGAGAUAUUUUC